GGACUGUCAUCCUGCCUGGCUGCCCGGUUUUUUGGAGAGGAGAAGUUGGCAGAGGGAUGUUCCUGCGAUGAUGGCGCUGCAGCUUAAGAGCGGGGAUGCCGCGUACUACCAGAGUGCAGAAUACUGCAGAAACUACACUUCGCCGCCUGUCAGCUACGGUGACAGCAGCCAUUAUCUCGCACGAUUGCCAGGUCCAGAAACCAUGUUGAAGCCUCCCCUGAGUCUCUUCAGCCAUCCCCAGCAGCCUUUCCAACACAUGGACUCUCUACAUCAGUUGGGACCUCCGCCAAUGGCACCUGCACACCCUCUUGGUCCACCACCCAUUGCCCCCGCUCAAUCUAUUGGACCUCCAACUAUGGCUCAUGGCCAGAGUCUAGGCCCGCCUCCCAUAAAUGCACCUCAUACAUUAAGGCCUCCUCCCAUUACCCCGCCACACACUUUAGGCCCCCCUCCAAUGCCUCCAGCUCAGUCAUUGGGGCCUCCACCAAUGGCACACACCCUGGGGCCCCCACCAGUAGAUCACACACAAGCAAUAGUGCCUCCAACCAUGGACCUUACACAGCAGCUGGGGCCUCCACAUAUGAACCCUGCACAAGCACUGGUGCCUCCACCUGUAGUGGCACCAACAGCAGGUCGAUUUCCCCUCCCUCCCAGCCCCUUGUCCUCACCUCCUGCUCCCGGCCCUGACCCUUCACAGAUGCCCCCAAGGCCCCUAGGACCAGCCCUCAUCCCAGCUCCAGUGUCCAGCCUCAUCUGCGGUCCACUCCCAGGCCAGGCAGCCCCAACCAGUGAGCAGCCCCAGGAUGAGGGCUCCUCGCUGGGGACAGAGGAGCAGGAGGACUCUCUGGGACUAGAAGAACUGUGUAAACCGCUGUACUGUAAACUCUGCAACGUUACCCUCAACUCUGCUCAGCAGGCACAGGCUCACUACCAGGGAAAGAACCACAGUAAAAAGCUACGAAAUUUCUAUGCUGGCAGUCAGCAGCCACCGGCCAUCAGGAUCCCAGAAGCCCUUGAGACUGUGGGCCAGACAGCCCUGAGCUCAGGGUCCACCGACAGUGACGCAGGCAGGCAGGCGCUGUAUAAGGGGGCGCCCCGGGUCAUCUUGGCCACAGAGAAUGACUAUUGUAAAUUGUGCGACGCUUCCUUCAGUUCACCAGCAGUUGCGCAGGCCCACUACCAGGGCAAGAACCAUGCCAAGAAACUACGGCUGGCUGAGGCCCAACAGAACUCGAGUACCAUGGAAAGCAGCAAUGAGACAACUCCAAGAAGGAACAGGAAAGAUGGCAGUGAGUACCGGCUAGUGAAAAACCGUCGCAGCCCACAAGUACCCGCUUCCAUGCCAGGGCCGUACUACAACCCCAGACCGAGGCAGCGCAUCCCCCGGGACUUGGCCAUGUGCGUGACUCCCAGCGGACAGUUCUACUGCUCCAUGUGCAACUGCGGAGCCGAACAGGAGACGGACUUCAGGCAGCAUUUGGAGAGCAAGCAGCACAAAGCAAAAGUGUCGGAGCUAAGAUACCGCCAUGAGAUGGAGAACCUCGGCUACAGCUAAGAGACACAAGAGGGGAAGGGAAGAGAACAUGUAAAGAGUACAAGAACGCAGGGCAGGAAACUGAAAAUACUGCCAUACUUUUGAAGAUUAUAUUUAGUGGAGUGAUUACAUCAACUUCUCUUUGCACUUAAUUUGAUGUAUGGAUUAAACACAUAAUCUUUCAAUUUGAUAGGAAAUAUAUAAAUAGAGGUGGCUGGUUGUGGCUCAGGUGGUAGAUCAGAUUGUCCACAAAGUGCAGGGUUGACAGUUUGAUCCCUAUUUCCUGAUAGCUUUUCAUGUCACAUCUGCUCUGAUACAGGAGGCUAAAAUUGGAUUCCAUUAAUCCUUGUAUUGCUCUAGAAAGUGUGUAUUUAAUCAGCUCAUAACAUGCAGAGGAAAUAGUAGAUUUUUAAUCUUAAAACUUUGAACAAAAAAGAAGAAAUCUGUUUUCUAGCCGCAGAAUCAGACUACAUUUUUAAGCCAUUACCCUUUCUUAUACUUUUUGCUCCAGUUCCUCCAAAGCUUUAAGUGGGUUACAUUCUGACUCAGGGCACCGGUAAACGCAAAAGAAAUGCAAAGAAAUCUGAAAGAGGGGAAAUCAGGGUUUUGUUUUUUUGGCAGAAAGUCAGGUGGACAUGAGAGGAGGCUCAAGAAGCCUCAGCAAAGACAAAGAUACGCAGAAAGUUUGAAAAGUACAAAAAUGCAGACAAGGUUGAGUGAGGGGGCAAUUACUUUAUGUUACAUAAACUUGGGAAAACAACUACUGAGUUUUAGUUUGAGAUGAUUUUUUUAAACUCUUACGAGUAAUUUAGCCCUACAGGUAUUUUUUAUAGGCCCUGCAGCAGGGACUGCAGGGGAAAACUUACAACCACAGAGCCACACGGGACACAAAUUCAACAUCUUUACAACCAAACAGAUGUAAUAAAAUCCAAAGUACUACUUGCUAAUUAAAAAAAAAAGCACAAUGAACUUCACCUAAUGAAACAGUGUUAUAUGAAACUGUGAGCCUUAGCUGACUUCUUACUUGUCCUGAGGUGUGUAUCAGGCUGAAGGCUCUUGCAAGCCUUGCUGGUGCCUUUGGAGGAAGUUAGGCUAAAGAGUAAGCUUUGGCUAGCCAUUUUGGCAAUAUAGUAAAAAACCAAUCUGUCACAUUGAUUGGAUUUUUCUGUAUUCACAAAUGUUAUGUAAAUAUUCUUAAUAUUGCAUUAUAGAUGUAAAUAGACUAUAGUAGACAUGAAUCCUAUUGAUUAUUUGAUCAGUGUUAGCUCACCAUCUCUUGUAAAUUCUCAUAAUCUAUUUAACAACUAUCAGGAAUCUUGUAAGUGUGCACUGAGUGAAUGUCUUCUUUAUGAGCACUGUAUGUUUGUGUGUGGAUUUCACUGUGGGCCCUCCGUACCACUUUGGAUGGCGCCUUUGUAAGUAACUCUGGUACCGUCAGUUCUGGUUAAAAAGCUGCUAGUCUCAUCAUUUUUACUUUGGAAGGAAGGAGAACAGAGUGCCAGCAGAGGCUGCCUCUAAGGGCGAAACAUGCUUUGAUGACGAGAACAAGACAAAAUUUUCCUCUUGAAAAAAGUUCAAACGCGCAAACUCAUUCACUCAAGACGCUUUCAAACCGAACGCACUUAACUCUAAACUUCUAAUUGACUCGCAAAUUGCAGCGCUCCUGGAUGUUUCUGCUUGUGAGACAUGUCAUUUAAUGCUCCCAGUCUUGAUUCCCAGAGGGGAUGUAAGCAGGUUUUACUGCAGUGUGUGCAACGACUGCUAAAUAGUAACAUGGAUUGUGCCGCAAUGUUUUUUUUCUUUGCUUUGGCCUGUUUGUGUUGUUUUUUCCACAUAUGAGGAGAUCCAGCUGUGUUCCUGUGUUUAGCCCAUUCUGGAAAAAAAAAAAAAGUUAUAUAAUUGAAGUUAAAUUGGAUUAACUGUUCCAGUUUAAUGGUCCUGAGCUGAACACAGCAAGUUGUCACAAUGCAUUCAAAGUCUAUAGUCACAUUUAAAAUUGCUAAAAAAAAAAAAAAAAGUAAUAAUAAAAUAAAAGUCUUUUAUACUGAUCUGCGCUACAGAUAUCAAUGAUAGUGAAGGGGUCACAAAAUGUACAUAUUCAAACAGAAAAGCUUGUCAUUCAAAGCUCUCCUUACACACUGCUGAUCCUUUAAUCCUUUAAAAUAGAACAGUGGGUUUUUUUCCCAUUGUAACAGUGAAAAGAUUAUCAGCAUACACCUGUUUUUUUCAGUGUUCAAAAAUCAAUAAUUUGUUAUUGAAAAGAGAAGAAAAACCUUCCCUUUAAAUCUGCUUUUGCGACCUUUUAUGCAGAGGAAACAAAAAAAAAAUUCCCCAGUAAUUAAAUCAGUCUGAUCAGUUCAUAUAAUUAGAUGAGCUGGAAAGCGGACUUGAAAGCAGCAUCCUGGCCUUCUCUUUGCUCGGCUUUGUUUGCUGCAGGGAGAGGCAGCUGCUCACAUCUUAUAUUUGUCUCCAGAGCACAAAUACACACACUUGACCACACACUAGGAUGCUCGGGAGAAUAGCACUGUGAGGACAAAGCGCUGUGGCAUUUUGGGGGAUUAAAACACAACAGCAAGGCAGAGCUAGAGGGACGCACAAGCAGAAGGCGUUCAAAAUAAAGUGCUCGCCUGUUUAUUAGCCCACCUUGCCGCACAGUUUAAUGAAACAGGAACAAAAAGCCGUGGGUGAGCUAGUCUUGCGCGUUGAGGCAGAGUUGCAGUCUGUUAAUAGCUCUCCUCCUCCUAGAAAUAACACGCUUUGUCUUACAUGAAAGCGCUGGGAGCAUUACCUUUUAUUACGCUGACAGGCUCUUGGACUCAAAAUGAGAGUCACACUCCAGUGCAGCUAUUGAACACCUUCUGCAAGUGCAGGAAAUGAUAAGCUGCAGAGGAACGAAGAAAACGAGGAGAUCACAGGAAGCUAGUGGGCUUCUACAAAUAAAGCCUAAAGAUCCAGACAGAAAUGUUCAUAGUGGAGCGUUUGGACCCCUUUCUGUGAUAAUUCCACCUGUUUUGUGGCUUUUUACCACUUAACAUGAGGCACUGAUAUUUGAUAUUUUCUUGUUUGAUAGUAAGUUUGUCGGGUAACUUCUGUAUAAAUGCUGCCCAUUUACCAUAAAUUUAGAUGGCAAAUGGGCAGCAUUAUUUGUAACUCACAUAGCCUUUUGAUGACAUUAAAAAACAUUAAACGCAACCUGUCUUUGUGCCACACACCAGCAAAGUAUCCACUGCCAUCAAGAUGCCCCAGAAAUCCCUGGUCUGUGUCAAAACCAACACAAAGUGAAGUACUGGUUGUUUCUGGGUGAAUCAUGUGACUGUCACAGGGAUGUAGAGGUGAAUUCUUUGAUGGGUAGAGAUCGGUAUCAUGGCGCUAUUAUGCUUACACAUACUGUUGUUAUUCUGCAUCUUAUUCAUCUUAUUAUUAACUUUACAUUAACCCAUGGUCACACAAUCAAGUUAAUUUCAUGUGGGCUGUAGGCUGCCAGCAUACGUGACACACGUGGCUCAGUGGCAGGUGAACAUGUGGAAAACUGCAUAUUCCUGCCAGCGUGUGCGAGAUCUCUGUCGUUUUCCCCCCACAAAGAUGACAUUUGAUGACCUUCCCUUCCCUUCAUGUUGAGUUUUGACACCUCAGUGUACAUCAGGAAAGACGUGGUUGAUGACCAUUAGAACAGUUUGCAGGUUUUUCCAAAGGUAGCUGCACAGGCAGAGACCACCAUCACUAACCUCUGAUGCACACCCAGUCAUUUUGUUCUAUAAACAAUCCUGAAAUUUGACAGAAAGAGCUUCAGGUAGGCUUCUAAGGGAUAAAUAAAAUGUCGCAACAGUUGUGAUUCGCCGCUAUAUAAACAAACCUAAACUGAACUAAAUUGAAUUUAAAUCUUGGAGCUAAUGUUUAAUUUGCUCUGGUAGAAUGCGUCUGCCAUCCCCCAACUUUCAAAUAGAUUUCCACCUGAUCUUGUCUGUGCCAGUCCAAUUACAGCCGGUUAUCAAAUACAGGGCGAGUUUGAUGCAGUGACUCACCCCUCUGAACGCUGUAAUCACUUUACAUUUUUCCCUCAACAUGACGCCACACGUUGCUCUGAGUGUUUACAGGUCUAAUUGCAUCCAGGAGCAUUGAAACAGACUAAUUUGCAUAAGCACACGUCGUAGGUGAUGCCACGCUAAUUAUCUAGAAUUCUAAUUAUCUAGUGUUGUAGAAAGGUUGGCGUUAGCUCCAGGGCCUGAACCUCUGGUUCAAAGGGCAGCGUGCACAGGAAAUAAUAGGAAACAAUCUGUGUCAGUGUGCACGCACCGAUUGAUAUGUCACACGAGUCGGGCCUCAAGAGGAUUUACAAGGACUUACAAGUGUUUGUAAUCAACAUUUGAUUCUAAAACGUCUGUUUUCUUUUCAAGAGCUUAAAAAAUGGCAAAAUUAUUGUUUAGCAGGAAAAUCUCUGAAACAGAAGGGUCAAGCUGAAAAGAAACGAUUAAGCCUGAAAAAACAUGGCAAACACAAUUUGCACUUAAUGAGCUGAAACACAGCAGCCCACCAGUUAAGUGCUCCUUUUACACAAGACUAUUUUUGGAAGGAUAUUGUAGCACUGAAACGUUUUUAUGUUGUUUUUUGUUGUUUGUCUUUUGGGGUUUUUUGCAUCAGAGGAUUUCUAUUAAUUGGACAAAUGUUUCACACAGUCAAAGGCCAAAAACGUAAAUAAAUAAAAGCACUGUGGGAAAUAAAUGUAUUUACAUCAACAUAUGUCCAUUAACUGGUACAAAUGAUUUAAAUUGGUCUGUUUAGUUAUUAUUUGGUAUGUUAAUGUGCUGAAACAGUUCAAAUAUCUGGGACACUGUAUCCAUUUUUAUUCUAUGUUUACUUGUUAGAAACUAUAGAGAAUGUGCGUACAAUAUACUUAAUAAUUAUUGGUUUCACUUAUCUAUUUGUGGCUCUACUUCAGCAGCACAGGUUAAUAAGUUAAACUUCAGUGCUUCGCAGUAAAUGACAGAGUGUGUUACGUAUCACACUAUAUAAAAUGUAUCUGGUUUAUUUUGUGCAUGAGUACAGUCAUACCUAAUAACUGUUAAGAUCUUUCUACCACAGGCUGAGACUAUAAGGCUGCUGUUCAGGAGUAUUUAAUGAAGUUUACACAGCUGGUUGUUUGGAAAUGUCUGUGUGCUGUGACGAAUCUGCAAAAUGGUACUGGAAAAAAAUCCCACGUUUGCACUGAAUAUAAAAAUACACUGAUGUUUAUUUAGAAAAUGUGUUCUACCAUAUGUUGUUUAGUUCAAGUGAAGACUUUGUUGUCAUUAUUUGCCUCUAAUGAACUCCUAUGCUAAAAUUUAUGAGGUGAGAAGCCGAAGCUGUUGCAAAUGUGUGUGAUAUUUGUCAUUUCUGUGUGUUUUAUCCAUACACUGGACUGUUGGACUGAGGGUAGAUGGGCAACACUGUGCGGUUAGGUAGAAAAUCCUUGACACAAAUUCUGCUUUUCAUGCUGAAUUAUAUGGUGGCCCAUAUAAAGGUCAAAUGCCCUGCAAGUUAGGAAAACACCGGCUAAUAGGAAAACAAAAUGAUGCAAAAGCACACAAAACACAACAAAUGUUGAAUAAAACACCAAUAGAAAAAAAAACGUAACAAUUCACAACAGAAGUGUUUUUGGGAAGACAAGAACUUGACCGAAGAUCUGAAGAAGUGGCAGAAAUCAAAAACAUGUGAAAGACUGCACUGAGACCUGUUUAAAAGAAGUGAAGGAUUCUUAUGAGGGAGAAAAAGAUCCAAGGUAAUGUGCGUUUGAACUGAGUGACUCAUACAAUACUGAGCUGCAUGUUUGCUAUUAGCUUUUAUUGUUAGCUCGUCACUUCUGCAGUUGGUCCAUCACGUUAUUGUCUCCUCAAAACCCCUUCAAACUGAUUCCCCUUUUUUGUUAAGGUUUUGCUGCGUUUUUUUCUAUUUCCAUAGUGUUUUCUUUGUUUUUACUGAUGCCACUGCAGAAUUAGGUGAACUGGAGUGUCUCAUUUUAAAGACACCAUGUUAAUGGGCACAAAAUGUGAAGGAUAUCAUCAAGAACACUAAAAGGUUUGCUCAGGUCAGGCCAGGUCGGUGUCUGGUGUCUGGAUAGAACUAGAUCCAAAUCGUUGGCUUACCAUUAUCUGAAACACUUUUUCAGUUAGGCUACACAUACAGGCACACAGUCGGGAUUAGUUAGCCAUGCUCACCAGUGGUACUACGCCAUUGUUUUUCAAAUGAGGGCAACAAAUACAUAAUAAGGAUUCUUCACAAAACAUGAGAGACAUUUCUACUUGUUUUUACAGCUGGAUUUCCAGAGAAAGUAAAAGUUUUGUGAGUGCUUUUUUUUUUUUUUUUUUUUUUUUUUUAACUUUCAUUCUGAAACUUUGAUUCAACUCUUGGGUCUGUGCUAUAGAUCCAAGAGGUAAUUAAAUUAGCCCAACAUACAAACAGCUCCCCAGGCUCUGUUCAAAGCUCUGUAACCCAACCCUCUAAAACUCACUAAUUACUGCAUACACACGCUGCUGUGCACACAGUCUCCUUCAUGUUUUUUGUGAUUUUAGACUGAUUGUGUAGUGGAACUACAUUUUUGCCAAACUACUUUUAAUCACAGUUUUCUGCAGCUCUCUGCACUGACAGCUGCCUAACAGCUCACGCUGACAGCACUCUGACCACACACCAGUUCCAGACUGUGGUUACAGCCCAUAACUCCCAAUGAAACCACACACAGUUAAGGGUCUUUCUUGACCUUUAGCUGUUAUAAGCUUUGGGGAAAACUUUGGGGAAAAUCUGUGAAAGAAGAUCUUUCACAGAUUUUUCACAAGCAAUCUGUUACCACAGAAUAAACCUCAGCUUACUUACGUUUAAGCACUGGGACAAUAUCCAAACUCUAGAAGUUGCCAGAAAAGGUGACAUCUGUUAACCAAUAAAGUUUAAAGUUACUGCUAGGUAGAUGUUAGAGGUUUUAGAGACAGGAUAACCAUUUGGCUGUGUUUUCAACCCUUUAAGAUAAGCUCCUGGUCUCAGCUUCAAUUCUGUCACUCAGAUGUGCGAGUUUUUUAAAUGUUCUGAUGAAACUCUCAGCCAGAAAGCGAGAAAUCAUAUUUCCCCAAAUCCUAGCAUUGCCCAGAUGUCUUGUAUGUUCCCUUCCAUUACCAUAUUAGUUUUUUAAUAAUUAAAAUAGGUUAGGCUUGCCUCAGUCAUAAGUUUAUGUAUCCUGACUGAUUCAGUCUCAUGCACUGGCAAAAUCCAGGACCCCCCCCCCCCACCUUCAUUUACAGUGUGGGGUCCCCCAAACCUCCCAUAAUGCUCCUGUAAUCUCCUUGAAAACCUCAGCAUACUUUUAGUGCCUCUGAACAGUGUUGCCAAUAUACCACUGACUGACUGACUGACUAAAUGGAUGCCUGAACACCUUGUGUGUGUGUGUGUGUGUGUGUGUGUGUGUGUGUGUGUGUGUGUGUGUGUGUGUGUGUGUGUGUGUGUUGGGGGGGUGGGGGAGAGUUCUGAAUAAAUGUGGCGAUCACUAUAAUGGAUCUAAGCUAAUAGUUAUUACAGUGAAUUCGUGUCUCAAGCUUUCUCUUUCACGACCCAGCUCCUACCGCUCCUGGGGAAAUAAAUGUUCUGUUAGUUGAUGCUGUUAUUGACUCACAGGGAGAAGACGCUCCUCCAUAGCCUAGUUUCCACUGCACUGAUAACCAGGCCUUACUCAUUAUUCUUGAUAUUACUUCUGCCAGGAAAGCUGUUUCUGUGCCCCUGGUAUUGUUUAUCUGUCAGCGGGAUAUCACAAAAAAAGUAUGAGCAGAUUGCCGGAAAUGUGGUGCACAGGCCGUUAGCACAAGUCAUUAGCUUUCAUCAAGGAUGGGAUGGCUCUUUCAUCUGUUCGUUCUUUUUGUUUUUUCUUUUUUUUAAACUGUGAUAAUGUUUUAUAAAAUAGCGUUUUUUAAAAAAAAGUUUUACUCUGCAUUAAAACAGCGAUAUUUACAAUUCAUUAUGAUAAAUGCUAGGCUAUGCAGUGCUACUUCACAUCAUUGCAUCAGUGGUCCUAGAAGACUCAAGAGGGAUUUGCUUCAAACUGACAGCUCAGCACACGUCUGACAGUCAGCUCAGUGAGACAUCAGUAUGAAUCUGACUGAAACAACAACCAUCACUCAGGGCUGUUAUUGGUCUUUGGUUCUGAUGUGUGCGUGCAGUACUGUGCAAAAGUCUUUAGCAACCCCUCUUUUUUAUGUUUUGCUUCCAAGGAGCCAGCCUUUCAUGUCAGUUUUAAAGUGGUCUCCAGCAACAGUUCUCCAGGCUUUUUUUUUUUUUUUUUCAAAGUUAUCCUUUGGACAACUUUGAAACUACUACUACUGAAAACCUGACUAAUCACAGCAUGGUGUGCAGUGUGUUCUCAAAGAAAUUGAGGAAACUGGGCUAAUGGAGGACAAAAGAAGAUGCAGGAAGCCUAAAAACUGUCUACAGCAGAUGAUCAUUACCUGAAAGUCAUGUCCACAGCAUAAAAUAAAUCCAGCAAAGACCUGAGAGAUAUAUCUGGGGCUGCAGAUGAUCCAUGAAAGCCUCAUCAGUAAUUAAAUUCAAUGAACUGGCCUCACCAGUUGACAGACCUCAAUAUUAUUGAAGCAUGAUUAAAAUACACAACAUAUUUGCAGGUGUUUUAAUGAAUCAGCGCACCUGUGUCCCAUAUUUCUAGCAAAAUAUUAAGAAAUGAGGCGUGACUCAAGACUUGUGCUGCACUGUAUAUGCAUUUCUUUUUACCUUUUUACCUUUUCUGCACGAAUAACAGUAGAAGGUCUGUAAUUAUAAAGGAAGUAACACAAAUCUGGUGCGACUAAAGGUAGGUAUCUGCAGAAUUACUGGAACUGAAUGCAGGCAGGACUAAUGAAGUUUACGAAAGACACAGAGGAGUCAUUGUCGGUAUGAAUUCAUGAUGCUUUAUAUUAUAUUUUUAUGUAAUAAUAAAACUAUAAAUAAAUAAAUAAUAUAUAAAAUCCCCAAUG